AUGUCUUUCUUCGCCGAGACCAGCAGCUUCUCCGCACUCACCACCGACUCCUCGUCCAACCUCGCCUCGUCGGGCUCCACCCCUCCCACCACCGUCGCAGACACGGCCAGCCUGCACUCUGACGCCGCCUCGUCCAAGCACGACGUCAUCACCGUCGCCGACGAUGCGGCCGACGCGCCUCCCGUCGCCCCCCAAGAGCCCUCGCCGCCUCGCCGCGCCCGCCGCGCCCGCCUGUCCGACCCCGUCUACAACCUCACCCGCCUGAGCGGCACCGACGCCCAUGGCAAGCGGAGGGCAAAGGGUGACGCCGUUUCCGACCGCCGCCGCCGCACCAUCUCGGGUGACACGCUUGUCGGCAGCAUCGAGGUGGCCCCCGACAGCGCGCCGGCCAAGAAGCAGAGCCUCGACGCGCUGCUGUCCUCCCCCUCGUCGACACCCCGCCUCAACACGCCACGGACGCGUCGCCGGGCCCGCCAAUGCCACGACGUCCCGCCCCCCUCGGCCAUCUCGUCCCUCGGCACCAAGCUCUCCACCCUGGGCAAGCGUGGCCGCGGCGCCGUCGACAAGGGCAUGACCAAGAUAUCGCGCGAGCUGAGGCGCCUGCAGGACACAAACGAGUUCUCGGGCAUCGACGACAGGCCCGUCGUCCACACCGUCUGGUCCAACGGCAAGUACGUCAACUCCGACGAGCCCGCCGCCCCCGCCCGCAAGAGGACAAAGCUCGACACGCCCGCCGCCUCCUCGGAACCCGCCAAGGAGGACGACGCGGAGCCCAUAACAAACACCAAGCAGCGCCGCGUCAAAAAGUUCCUCGACAAGGGCCUCUAUGCCGGCCAGGAUGCCCCGCUCGACCCGACAAAGGGCCUCACUCCGGCCGAGAAGAAGAAGCUUGCCCAGCUGCCCGAGCUCGCCCCGAGCGGCCGCGUCAGCAAGACGAUGCCCUCGCCCAUCUACACCGGAUUGCGCACCCUCAUCGCCGGCCGCGACUUCAGGCUGCCCUACAACGUCUGCAACCCGCUACCCCCUGGCCAGCCCAAGCCCGACGAGUGGAAGCGAAUGACCAAGAAUCGGUUCAUCGGCGAUUCCAAGGACUAUUGGCGCAAGACGCCACACUUGCACGACUAUCAGUCCAAGUGCGUCUGCACGCCCGACGACGGCUGCGGCGAGAGCUGCCAGAACCGCAUCAUGCUGUAUGAAUGCGACGCCACAAACUGCAACGUCGGCAAGCAGCACUGCACCAACCGCGCCUUUGCUGACCUCACGGCCCGCCGCGCCAAGGGGGGCAAGUACCGCGUCGGCGUCGAGGUCAUCAAGACGUCGGACCGGGGCUACGGCGUCCGAAGCAACCGCUGCUUCAAGCCCAACCAGAUCAUCAUGGAGUACGCCGGCGAAAUCAUCACCGAGGAGGAGUGCGAGCGUCGCAUGAAUGAGGUCUACAAGGACAACGAGUGCUACUACUUGAUGAGCUUUGACCAAAACAUGAUCAUCGAUGCCACCACCGGAAGCAUCGCCCGCUUUGUCAAUCACAGCUGCAACCCGAAUUGUAGGAUGAUUAAAUGGAUCGUCUCGGGACAGCCUCGAAUGGCACUAUUCGCCGGCGACCGGCCCAUCAUGACGGGGGAUGAGCUGACUUACGACUACAACUUUGACCCCUUUUCAGCCAAGAACGUCCAGUCGUGCCUCUGCGGAGAGGCCAACUGCCGCGGUGUUCUUGGCCCCAAGCCCCGCGAGGUCAAGGCGCCCAAGACGGACCUCAGGACCGCCGUCAAGGCCACCGUCAAGGCCGGCAAGCGCAAGCUCAAGGAGCUCAUCGGAGACGAGGCCGACGACGGCAAUGCCAGCAGCACCAAGAAGCGCAAGAAGAUUCAGCCCGCGACCAAGUCAAAGGCGUCCCUCUCGAGCGCCGGCCUCAAGGCGGCCAAGGGCGCCGCCAUGGCCCUUAAGAAGGGCGUGUCGACCAUCUCCGUCGCCGCCAAGAAGGCGGCGUUGGGGGGUGCAAAGACGCCCGCCAAGCGCCCUGCCGCCACCCUGAUCAAGAAAGCGAGCGCCAAGAAGGUGGUCAAGACGUACGGUCAGGCCCGUGCCAAGCACAUCUCGACGUCUCGCGCCUCGAGCCUCACCAUUGUCGCCAUGGGGGAUGAGAAUGACCAACCGGGUAAGAAGGCAUCGCCCGGCAAAGGCACUCUGGCCAAAAAGGCGUCACCCGGAGAAAACACGCCAACGAAGAAAGUUGCGGGCCGGAACGUGUCGGCGCAGCUGUCACUCAAGGCCAAGAUCCGAGUUGUGUCUCAGUAA